ACCAUUUCCCAGAAGAAACUGGAGUAGCAAAUCACAGCGAUCAAAAUACUCGAAAAAAAGGGGAAGAGAGAGAGAGAGAGAGAUAGAAACCCUCUCCGCCAAUUCGAGGGAUCACGCUUCCAAUGGCGGCGAGCACUCGAGCGCUCUUCAUCUCCUGCUUCCACGGAAGCGGCGGCGGCGGCGGUGGCGGUUCGGAGGUGAGCCGCCUCCUCGUGCUGCGGCCGCGGUACCCGUCCAUGCCACGGCGCCCGAAAUCGGCGGCGGUCGCCGGCGAGGGCGGGGAAGGAGGGGGAGGCGACGUCGAUCUGGAGGCGGCGGCGGUAGGGGAGGAGGAGAAGGUGGCGGUGUUCUCGGUGUCCGGGAUGACGUGCGCCGCGUGCGCGGGCUCCGUGGAGAAGGCCGUCAAGCGGCUCGCGGGCAUCCACGACGCCGCCGUCGACGUCCUCGGGGGCCGCGCGCAGGUCGUCUUCUACCCGGCGUUCGUCUCGGAGGAAAAAAUUAGGGAAACCAUCGAGGAUGUUGGCUUUGAAGCUAAGCUGAUUGAUGAGGAGGUCAAGGAAAAGAACAUUCUAGUAUGCAGGCUUCACAUAAAAGGAAUGACAUGCACAUCUUGUGCGAGCACAGUGGAAUCCAUCUUGCAAGUCAUUCCAGGUGUUCAGAGAGCUUCUGUCGCAUUGGCUACUGAAGAAGCAGAAAUCCGUUAUGACCGUAGGAUCAUUACUGCCAGUCAACUAACCGAUGCAGUUGAAGAAACUGGUUUUGAAGCGAUAUUGAUCACCACGGGAGAUGAUCAGAGCAGGAUAGACCUCAAAGUGGAUGGUACACUCGACGAGAGAUCAAUAAUGAUAAUGAAAAGCUCUGUCGAAGCUCUUCCUGGCGUGGAGGACAUAAAAGUUGAUCCCGAGCUCCACAAGAUCACCAUCGCAUACAAGCCUGACCAGACAGGUCCCCGAGAUCUCAUUGAAGUCAUUGAGUCAGCUGCAUCUGGCGAUCUUACUGUAUCAAUAUACCCAGAAGCAGAUGGAAGGCAGCAGCAUAGACAUGGGGAGAUCAAGCUAUACAAGCAGUCUUUCUUGUGGAGUUUAGUAUUCACCAUCCCAGUAUUCCUGACCUCCAUGGUGUUCAUGUACAUCCCAGGGCUGAAGGACGGGCUCGAAAAGAAGGCUAUUAACAUGAUGAGCAUUGGUGAGCUCUUGCGGUGGAUUUUAUCGACGCCAGUUCAAUUUGUAAUUGGCCGCAGAUUUUAUACUGGUGCUUAUAAAGCAUUAUCUCACGGCUCAUCAAACAUGGAUGUGCUCAUUGCUCUUGGGACCAACACGGCUUACUUUUAUUCAGUUUACUCCAUUCUCCGAGCUGCCUCCUCACAUGAUUACAUGGCAACUGACUUUUUUGAGACUAGUUCGAUGCUCAUAUCGUUUAUCCUUCUUGGAAAGUACCUUGAGAUCUUGGCAAAAGGGAAGACUUCUGAAGCUAUCGCCAAGCUUAUGGAUCUUGCACCGGAAACGGCAACUAUGUUGAUAUAUAAUCAUGAAGGGAAUGUUGUGGGCGAGAAGGAGAUUGACAGUCGGUUGAUUCAGAAAAAUGAUGUAAUCAAAGUAGUUCCAGGUGGGAAAGUUGCUUCUGAUGGCUUUGUUAUAUGGGGCCAGAGCCAUGUGAAUGAAAGCAUGAUCACUGGAGAAUCACGGCCUGUGGCAAAGAGGAAGGGUGACACUGUCAUAGGAGGGACGGUGAAUGAGAAUGGUGUGCUCCAUGUCCGUGCAACAUUUGUUGGAUCAGAGAGCGCCCUUGCACAGAUUGUACGGCUAGUGGAGUCAGCACAAAUGGCAAAAGCUCCUGUACAAAAGUUUGCUGAUCAGAUAUCUAGAGUUUUUGUUCCCCUGGUCAUCAUUCUUUCUUUGCUUACUUGGCUUGCUUGGUUCUUAGCUGGGAGGCUUCAUGGCUACCCCAAAUCAUGGAUACCACCUUCCAUGGAUAGCUUUCAACUAGCUCUCCAAUUCGGGAUAUCAGUUAUGGUUAUUGCAUGCCCUUGCGCCUUAGGGCUUGCAACUCCAACAGCUGUGAUGGUUGCAACCGGAGUUGGUGCCUCACAAGGAGUUCUUAUCAAGGGUGGGCAGGCUCUGGAAAGUGCACAGAAGGUCGACUGCAUCGUUUUUGAUAAGACAGGGACACUAACCAUUGGGAAGCCUGUUGUGGUCAACACAAGGCUUCUAAAAAAUAUGGUCUUGCGUGAAUUCUAUGACUGCGUUGCAGCAGCAGAGAUCAACAGCGAGCACCCACUGGCUAAGGCGGUAGUGGAGCAUGCAAAGAAGUUCCAUUCGGAAGAAAACCACGUCUGGCCUGAAGCAAGGGAUUUCAUUUCAGUGACAGGGCAUGGCGUCAAGGCAAAAGUAAAUGGCAGGGCCGUUAUGGUGGGAAACAAGAGCUUUAUGUUGACUUCAGGCAUUGAUAUCCCCGUGGAAGCUUUGGAAAUCCUAACGGAAGAAGAGGAGAAAGCUCACACGGCGAUUAUCGUGGCUAUGGAUCAAGAAGUUGCUGGCAUUAUCUCUGUAUCUGAUCCAAUAAAACCAAAUGCCCGUGAAGUGAUAUCAUAUCUUAAGUCUAUUAAAGUGGAGAGUAUAAUGGUUACUGGGGACAACUGGGGGACCGCUAACGCCAUUAGCAAGGAGGUUGGCAUUGAGAACACAGUCGCGGAAGCGAAACCAGAGCAGAAGGCUGAGAAGGUGAAAGAACUUCAGUCGGCCGGAAGGACCGUGGCAAUGGUUGGUGAUGGAAUCAACGAUUCUCCAGCGCUUGUAUCAGCCGACGUUGGCCUGGCGAUUGGUGCAGGCACCGACGUCGCCAUCGAAGCGGCUGACAUCGUCCUCAUGAAGAGCAACCUGGAAGACGUGAUCACCGCCAUCGAUCUGUCCAGAAAAACGUUCUUCCGCAUACGGAUGAACUACGUCUGGGCGCUCGGCUACAACAUCAUCGGCAUACCGAUCGCCGCCGGGGUGCUCUUCCCGUCGACCCGGUUCCGCUUGCCGCCGUGGGUCGCCGGCGCUGCGAUGGCGGCCUCGUCUGUUAGUGUCGUCUGCUGGUCCCUGCUGCUGAGGUACUACAAGAGUCCAAAACUGGGCCGUUGAUCAUCAUGCCAGUAGACACGCUCACACGCAUAUAACAUUUGCAUAGAAUAAGAGGUGUAGAUUAUCUGUUGACAAUGCGCUAAUCAUGUGUUGUGUGACGCCUGAAAUGUACAUUACCUACGUAUAUAUAGUAUAUGUGCAACUGUGUGUUGAAUGUGUACUUCGCCAAGUGACCCAACCUUGGCACUUCCGAACAAAAAUUGAGGGGACAGGUUGUGGUGCGGGCGAGAAA